AUCGAGAACAUCUAUCAGACGGCCGACGAUGUGAGUGCCGAAGUACGGGAAGCGGUGCAGGAGCUGAACAAAAUGCGCAACAGGGCAUGCAAUCAGCCACUGGACAAGCACCAGAGCGCCCUGGACGUUAUCACACGCUACUACGAUCAGUUGGUUGCGAUCGAGAAUAAAGUGCCAAUGACGGCCACCCAGAACCCGAUAUCAUUCAAAUGGAAGGACGCAUUCGACAAGGGCUCGUUGUUUUUCGGCCGAGCAUCACUCAGUACGUCCUCAUCCACUGAUUUAGCUUCGGCUCUGAAUUUUGUGCCACACUUACCUACCCAUGCUGGUUGGGCACGGAUACCGCAGGCCUUUCUCCGCUCCUACUCCUUACCCCCCUCCUCCCAUGCAUGUCGGAGUCAAGCAGUAUUCAUUGUGUUUUUGCCGUGUAGCGCUAGGGCGAUGCAACCGGCAGCAAAAAAAUGCAACGAUCCUGUCUGUGUGUGUGUGUUUGUGUAUGUGUAUGUUCACCUGCACAGGUACUUCUACUCAGCUACCAAACAGGCUAUGAUACCGAAUUUUUGCCAGUGUGUUGCUUGGGUAGAUGCGACCCCAGGAACGUAA